AACGACGAUCAUGAGAAAAAUACAGUUUUUCAAUUUUGGAAAAUACUUAUUCAAACACUUUUUACCGAAUGAACGCUCGACGCACACACCUACCAAGCCACUUCCGUUGCCAUUUCCAUUUCGGAAAUGGAGUUGGAAUUUCGCUUGAAUGGACUUACGAGUUCUGAUGUAAAUUGUAAACAACACUUUUUACAACAGCGAUUUUCAUUUUUUUCAGAUUUCUUUAAUUUUCUCCGCUUUUAUUUUGGUUCUCCGAAUUAUUUGCGGAGCACUUAAUACAGUAUUCGUAAAGCAAUUUGAAAAGUUUUGCGUUUUCUAGUUUGAUCUUUGAGAGUUCGAGAAAUGUGACCAGCCGCGGAAUAUUCCGCAUCUUACUCGUAUUAUUAAUUACCGUAAUUCUUUUCGAAAAGGACGAAAAUUGUUAUAAAUAUCUGAAAAUGCAGCACGUAAUCACCAGGAGAUUGCUGUAUUCAUUAUCUGCUCCUCCGCGUCAACGAGCGAUGAUUCCUGGUUCAUUUUGCUCGUCUAUGCGGAUCCGCGAGGCAGGGAGCAUCGCGAAACAGGACCACGAAGAUCCUUCACCAGUGCGUUCGCUCCACAAUCCCAGCGAAGCAUUUCGGAGGCUGGAUUUCUUGUUGAGAACGAUUGCUCCUCCUUGGCAGAAUCCUGCCAGAUGGAAAUGGGAUUGUCGGUUGAAUUCUGUUGAUUGUUUUCGGAAUUCCCAUCGGAAAGGUAGAGACGGCGGGGGAAACAGGAAGACGGGAGCCGCGUUGUAUUCGAUUCCGCUGCUGUCGCUCGCCGUGGCGCUGUGCCAGCGUUCCAAAACCAGGGACAAUGCAGAUGGAAAUGUGGAUAAAUUCUGUGAUGGACGUUUGUUCGAGGCUAUAAUAAACGGCGAGGAAACUGCGCUCAGCAGUAUGAUCAAAAGCGGCAUCGACGUCAACUGUCGGCAUCGCUACGGAUGGACACCGUUGCAUCUCGCUGCUGUUCGCGGACGUGCCAGAAUGGUGGAUCUGCUGGUGAAAGCCGGUGCCCGCAUCGACGCCCCGGACACCUUCACCAACGUGUACAAAAUCGCCGAAUCCCAGAAUGUCCACUAUCUCGAAGUGUUGGUGGCGCGGGAAGAGGAGUUCAGUAAUCGGCUCAAUAUGAAGACGACGUUCAGCGGUUGCACGGCGCUGCAUUAUGCCGUGCUGGCCAACGAUGUGCCCACCAUAAAGGCAUUAUUGGAAGCCGGUGCCGAUCCGCAAGCGGAAAUGGACCGCGGUCAUAAACCGACGGAUUUCGCCAAAGACCAGCAUGUCACCGCACUGCUCAAAGAUUACGAUGAAAAGUUUAAAUACCGCCGGGAUCAGCAGAAAGCCGAGGAGCGCCGACGUUUCCCCUUGGAGCAGCGGAUUAAACAGCAUCUUGUCGGGCAGGAUGUGGCCAUCUCCCUGGUGGCGGCUACGAUUCGCCGGAAAGAGAACGGUUGGUACGACGAAGACCGGCCCCUGGUCUUCCUCUUCCUCGGUUCCUCCGGCAUCGGGAAGACAGAGUUAGCGAAACAGGUGGCGAAAUAUCUGCAUAAAGAUGCCAAGAAGGGAUUCAUUCGUCUGGAUAUGUCGGAAUACCAAGAAAAACACGAGGUGGCGAAACUGAUCGGCUCACCUCCCGGCUACGUAGGUCACGAACAGGGCGGUCAGUUGACGUCCAAACUACGCGAAUGCCCCAACGCCGUCGUCCUGUUCGAUGAAGUGGAUAAGGCGCAUGCGGAUGUGCUGACCGUGAUGCUGCAGCUGUUCGAUGAGGGUCGUUUGACGGAUGGGAAAGGAAAGACGAUCGAAUGCAAAGAUGCCAUUUUUAUCAUGACAUCGAAUCUCGCCAGCGAGGAAAUCGCUAAGCACGCCCUGGAACUGCGGGAGAAAGCGGCAAUCGCGGCCGAAGUCGACCGCCAGCGGGAAGUGCCGACGAAAGCGGUUAAAUCUGUGGAACAAGCGCAAAUGCAGCACGAUGAGGAUAUUGUCGACAUCUCCAAACAGUUCAAGCACGACGUCGUCGAACCGAUUCUUAAGAGACAUUUCCGUCGCGAUGAAUUUCUGGGACGCAUAACGGAGAUUGUGUAUUUUCUCCCGUUUUCUCCGCGGGAACUGGGCCAGCUGGUGUUGAAGGAGCUGCUGAUCUGGCAGAGUAAAGCCAAGAAACACCACCAACUGGACAUCACCUGGGAUCAUGCCGUCAUCGAUUCGCUGGCCGAUGCGUAUAAUGUGCGCUACGGCGCCCGCAGUAUCAAACACGAGGUGGAGCGGCGUAUCGUCAACGAGCUGGCGGCGGCCCACGAAGAAGGCCUUCUCGAGCCGGGCAGCGCGGUACGAUUAACUGUGGGGCCGGAUCCCGGUGAUCGGCGUGCGCUGAGCACCGGAAAUAUCCGGGUGCUGGUGAAGAAACCCAAGGAGAAGGGCUACACGGACGUCACCGCUAAGAUCCACGCGGGCCACCUGAAUCCGCUGGUGGCUGGUCAACAGCGGCUGUGAACGUAGUGGAGGGGCGCUGAUAGCCUGUGCGUCAUUGUCGCGGCUCUUUCCCAUUGGAUAAUGUGUCGCAGUAGAUAUUAGACGUUUUCUUAUGCCCGUGCUGGUGAAAAGUGGUGUUUACUGAUGUAGAUGUACUGCGGAUAUUGUACAAAAUUGUAACGGUGUACGAUCAUAGGAAAAAAUGAAAAAUUUUUUUUAUUACGGUUGCGGUAAGAUCGGUAUCCUUCAGUCUGAUUCAGGGAUUUAUUCCACCGGACAGUUAAUAGAAGAGGAACAGUCUUG